AUGCUUGAUAUUUUCCAAAACCAGGCUUUACGCUUGAUCAUUGGAGGUGUUAAAACUACUGCCGUACUUGCUAUGCAUUUGCUUUGUAACUUACAGCCAAUGACUAACCUGGUUCAGAGGAAUGUAGCUAUCUUUUAUAAUAGACUUACUAGACUCCCAAAUAUUUCUUUUUGGCGUGAAUAUGAUUGUAACAGAGUACAUAAUCUUAUUACUCUGAAGAGCUUCAUUCAAUGCAUCCAGGGAAACGCUCAAUAUAAUGUCAUUAACGACAAGGCCUAUGAAUUUUUAACUCGUAUAAAUCCACUGGAGUUUAUGGUUCUCCAUGUCAGAUUGGACUUGACUUUGAAUGUGAGGAAAAAUGACCUAUGCUCAACUGCUCUUCAUGCCAUCGCUUUAGAAACCAUCAAUACUUGCUAUCCUCCUGUUGAGUGGCUUCAUAUUUACACUGAUGGUUCCCUUUUGGAUUUCACCCAGGGUGCUAUUACUGGCAUCUUCUGUGAUCUGUUUUCCUUUUAUCAAUAUGUUGGCUCUCAUACAACCCAUUUUGAUGGUGAAGUCGAGGCCAUCAGUUAA